AUGCAAUUCAGCAAAAUCGCACCAGCGACAUCCCUCCUCUUCACCCUCGCCCACUCCGCUCCAACACAAUCACAACUGACAACCUGUACUACCACUGAAAGCAGCACCACCUUCCCCUCGGGUAAGCGCUUCAAUAUCUGCCCCUCCACCGACUUCAGUGGCCCGUCAGUCCUCAUCCUUCGGAACAUCGGCACCCUCUCCUCCUGUGUCCGCACCUGCAACACCACACCAGCCUGCACGAACGCGGUAUACAACCGCUCAGAGGGUCUGUCAUAUCAAGGGCGCAGUGGGAGAGUUGACUUGGGUGAAGAAUGUGGAGUCUGA